UCCGCCAUUAGCUAAAUCAGAGAAGAAGAGGAAGCCCGUUCAGAUUUUACCGAGCUAGCUAAACACCGGAGCAGUCAGCGGAGAGAAGCCGUUAGUUGGCAGAAAAAACCCGAGCAGUUAGUUUGUUCAACAGAGAUGGACCGACACCGGAAACGGCUCGAGGAGGUUUUAAAACCGAAAACGAAGCCGCGAGGAGAAGUUUUACCUUCAGAUAUCCAGAAAGUGAUCGUUGGUGAAGAACAGCAGCACGAGUGGAGCUCCAGUCUGGACCAGGAGGACCCAGAGCCCCUCUACAUUAAAGAGGAACAGGAGGAACGCCAGGCCAGUCAGGAUGAAGAGCAGCUUGAAGGGCCGGAGGAGGCUGAUAUCACCAAGUUCCCAUUUACUCUUGUCCAUGUGAAGAAUGAAGAGGAUGAGGAGAAACCUGAACAGAUGAAAGUAGAAGCUGUUGGAGAUGACUGUGAAGGACCAGAACCAGGCAUGAACUCAGAUCCAGAUACACAUUUACAACCAGAUACGUACGAGACUAGAGACUCAUCGGAACCUGAGACAGAUGACAGUAAUGAUUGGAAGGAGACCGGAGAUCCUCCUUCAGGUUUAAACUCUCUGAAUGAUAACGAAGUCCCUGUUAGCGAUUUGAGAUGUAGUACUGGUGAGAAAGAGUGUCUGAAAAGAUUUGGCACCAGUGGACAUCUGAAGACACGCAUGAGAUCUCAAACAGGAGGAAAACCAUUUAGCUGCUUACUCUGUAACAAAACUUUUACAGUGAAUGGAAGUUUACAAAAACACAUGAAAAUCCACACGGGAGAAAAGCCGUUCAGCUGCUCAAUCUGUGCGAAAGCUUUUACAGAGAAUGGAUAUUUACAAACGCACAUGAGAACCCACACAGGAGAGAAACCAUUUAGCUGCUCCAUCUGUAUGAAAGCUUUUACAGUGAGUGGAAGUUUACAGAAACACAUGAGAAUCCACACUGGGGAGAAACCGUUUAGCUGCUCCAUCUGUCAGAAAGCUUUUAUACAACGCGGACAUUUACAGAAACACAUGAGAGGCCACACAGGAGAAAAACCUUUCUGCUGCUCAGUCUGUAACAAAGCUUUUACAGUGAAUGGACAUUUACAUAGACACAUGAGAAUCCACACAGGAGAGAAACCAUUUAGCUGCUCAUUCUGUGAGAAGGCUUUUACAGAGAGCGGCCACUUAAAGGCGCACAUGAGAAUCCACACAGGAGAGAAACCAUAUAGCUGCAUUGUUUGUGAGAAAACUUUUACAGUGAGUGGAAGUUUACAGAAACACAUGAGAAUCCACACAGGAGAGAAAUCGUAUAGCUGCUCAGUCUGUAUGAAAACUUUUGUACAAAGUGCCAAUUUACAGGCACACAUGAGAAUCCACACCGGAAAGAAACCAUUUAGCUGCUCAGUCUGCGAGAAAGCUUUUACAGUGAGCGGACAUUUGGAUAGACACAUGAGAAUCCACACAGGCGAGAAACCGUUUAGCUGCUCUGUCUGUAAGAAAGCUUUUAGAGUGAGCGGACAUUUAAAGACACACAUGAGAACCCACACAGGAGAGAGGCCGUAUAGCUGCCCUCUCUGCGAGAAAGCCUUUGCAGUAAGCGGAGUUUUACAUAAACACAUGAGAGUCCACACAUGCGAGAAACCAUAAAGCUGUCUGAAGCGGAGCUCCAGUCUUAAAGGAGAGCAGAGAACCUUAGUCAGGUUUAAACGCUCACCAAAUGAAUGAAGCCUUUCAAAGUUAUGUGACACGCAAUACUCUGUGGGUCUAGGCAACACUUUAUAAUAAACGUCACUAAAAAAUUGUAAAUUGAUAGCUAACACUAGUUACUAGAAUUGCCGUAAGUGGUCAUUUUGAGUGCCAGAUUCCAAACUCUAUAAUCGGUCGUAAAUACAUAAUUGUGAGAUUAACGCAUAGUUUUAGGGUAUCUUUCUGUAGGGAAUUAUCAUUCAGUGUAACUCAGUAUAUGCAAAUAACAAUUGAAUGUAUCUUAUUUGGUUAUGAAUCGUUUAAUUGUUUUUUUAACAUUAUAACCUAACCUGGCACUGCCACAGUUUUGGGGUCCACUGCGGUGGUAACUGCGCAGCUCUGCUCGCACCUUGUGCUGAUGCCCUUUCUUUUUCCCGUCCUAAACUCCGUUCUCAGCUCCUCUGCCAGUUGCUGUAUGAAGGUCAACUAUGUUGUGGAAUACAGCCAUCGGCCAUCUACGUGUACCGCCUUUCACAGAGCAACGUUACGUGCUUGCCAGACAUACUGUAGUAUGUCACCGGCUCUGGCUUUGCAUUCGGCCCAUCGGUGAUGCGUACACUUGUUACUCGAGACCGCUAGUGAUGCUUCCCAGAGACCGAGACCACGGAAAUCUGUGCGGUCAAAAUGGCACAUACGUGUGUGGACAAAAAUUGGUAAAAAGUGAUCAUAAUUUCAUGCGAUUUAUAUAAAACUCAUUCAAAAGUGAAAAUACAGGCACCAGCAGGAUUGUAUUUUAAGGAGCUUGUUUUGGUGGAAUGUGUACGAUCAAAAGUAGUUUGCAACGGAAAACUCCGAUUGGACAGUCUAGCUAGCUGUCUGGAUUUACCCUGCAGAGAUCUGAGGAGCAGUUAACCAGAGUCCUCACAAAUCCACAGGAGGUUAGAACGCCAACACAAAGAAAGAGGAAGGGGACGGACAUUGGUGAAAAGCAUCCGGUGGAAUUUCCUGUGGCACCGGAGCAAUCCUGGAAGUGGAACUUCGUGGAUAUAGCUACUCACAUUAUAAUAUUUCAUAUAUUUUAUAAUAUAUUAAUAUAUUAUAACAUCUGCAUCUGAUGAGUAUAUACCUUGUUAAGUUAUUUCUAAUAACUUUCACCUGUUAGCUUAGAUCUUUUAGUUAAAUUAGAUAUUGUGUGUUUUACUUUUGCUUUACUAAUUUUCUGAAUAAAUGCUUUGUAAAAUACGUGCUAGAUCAUUUUGUCUUCUCUGAAAAGAACUCCGAACACUUUCAACUUUUACUAGUUAUUGGCAUGUUCAUUUUGGUUAUAGUUAUUCCCUUUAGAUUGUCUUGAGCCGAAAAAAGCAGUAAUGAAUAGGGACAAAUAUUAUUAUAAUCAUUAUCAAAUGAUUUAGAAGUAAUUUCCUCUGAGCCGUCAUGCCAGAUAUAUUUUAUCACGUGUGAGAGGUCAAUUGAUAUUUACAAGAUUGUUUUAUUAUUUCCUAAUUGUUUUGUAUUGGUUAUCAGGGACCCCACAAUUGAUUUGUUAAUUUGGCAUGGGUGUAGGUUUUGUUUCAACAUUUGGGGGGGCCACAUUGUAAGCGGGGAAGGGGGGGGGCAGCCCUCAGAAAAGUUUUACAAUCAAACACUUAAUUUCCUGCAUUCUGGUGAAUUUUUCUGCAACAAUUUGUGCCUUUUCUGCAUCAAUU